UAUUUUUGACCGGAAAGAUGCUCCCGUAAUCCAAAUUCCUGACCGAACGUUUUGCAAGUCCCGCGCGACUUCCAACGAGUCUGAUCGUUUCAGCCCAUCGCUAUCGACAGUGGGUUUUGCUCGCCGUCGUCGUCACUCGCGUCCCACCCUCAUCCGCUCGGCGAUCGAAUCGUGAUCGUGACUCCCGUUUUGGCCACUGCCGAUGGUUUCGCCUGCUCCGUCAGUCAGUUCCUGCCCCGACUGUCAUGCUCAAACAGUACGCUGGCAGAAUACUGUCACAGGAAUUUUCUAUGCUAUUCUCUGCUUCCCAUGUGGAAUUUAUUGCUGUCUCCGACGCAGACAACAGCACUGUGUACGAUGUAACUGUGAUGUGAUAAAAUCAUCGCGAGACCCGAUGAACACAUUUGGCUACGCGUUUGGAGGUUAUCAGACCAUGAAUCAUAAAGGAUUGCCACCAGCUAUGGCUACUGCCUACAAAAAUUCAGCUUUUUCGGGCAGUAGUGUCUCAUCACGAGGACCCACAUUCACCGAGACAUCGACAAAUUCACGCACUGAGCUGAUUCAUGGUAACGCUAAAUACUGAUGAUCCCUUUGUUUUCUCAAAAUGCUUGUACUACGGUGUAAUGUUCAUAAAUAGUCUGUAAGUAUUCUUCUUAGUGUGGGAGGAGUAACUUUCGAAUUUUAGCGGCUUCGACCUUCAACAGUUUGCCAUGUUUGAUAAUUAUGCCAAUUUCCUUUACAUGCCUUUUUAUUCAUUUCCGCCAGUUUAUGCUUGUUGUGUCACGGGUU